UGACACUUGUGUUCGUACUGGCUCAUUACUUAGUAUUGAAUUUGGAUAAAUAAUUUUAAAUGCCAACUGAUACAGGUUUUUGUUCCAAACAAUUUGUUUUGUUUUGAAUUUAAAAUCAUGUGUACUGUACAUGCAUAUAAGCAAUCAUUUCAUUUCAUAACACUAAGUUUCAGUAAUGAAGUCCUCUUUCCGAUGUUACCGAACUAGAGUGCAGUCCGUGGUCCUCGUCUGUGUUCUCAUCAUGUGUUGUUUUGUUGUACAUCUUUUCCUCUCUUCUUCUGACACCAGUUCCCGUUGUUCAUACCUAACCUCUACACCACAGAAUCAGCUGGGAGUCCCUCAUCAAGCAGCGCCCUCUAUGUUACUAGUCAAUGGAACAACAAGGAGGGACAGCUCUAAAUUAACUUCUACUUUUAUGAAGGACACUGGUUUACCUCCAAUGUUACAGGAAGGCCCAGAAAAUUUUAUCUUCAUGAACAAUGCGGAGUGGUCAUCAAAUACAGUGCUCUUUGGGCAGCCAAAGAGUUCAAUUGGUUAUUUAACUAUUGGCAUACCAGUGGUAAAAAGAAAGCUAGAGGGAGCGCUAUAUGUCUACUCAACUAUAACAUCCAUCAUAAAGGCGACAACAGACAGUCAAAAAGAAAAUAUAACUCUGGUUAUUUUCUUAUCGGAUUUUGAUAAAACUUGGAACCUUGAUACAAGUCGGCGUAUUAGUGAGACGUUUUCGACAUAUAUCAAGACAGGGUUCCUCCAAGUGAUUCACAGUCCAUUAGACAUUUAUCCAGAAUUAGAUAAAAAUGCCAAUUUCAACGAUGACUCCAAAGACAGGACGAUAUGGCGAUCCAAACAAAACAUAGAUUUUGCAUAUUUGAUGUGGUAUGGCAAACGGCUUUCACAAUUUUAUAUACAACUUGAAGACGAUGUGAUUGCAGCCAAUGACUUCUUUGCUGACAUUAAAAAAUUUAUCGAGCGAAAUCAUAAGAUUCGUUGGAUAACAUUAGAAUUUUCUCGGCUAGGGUUUAUUGGAAAAUUAUUUCGGUCUAAGAAUUUGUCACGUUUUGCAACAUACUUGUUGGCUAUGUUUAAUGUGCUACCCUGUGAUAUCCUACUAAACAAUUUCAGAGUCCUACAUGAUCAAGUUUCCACCAUUCAAACCCCAAAAGGUCUGUUUCAGCAUAUUGGAAAAAUAUCGUCAUUAAGGGGAAAACUUACACCUAUAACAGAUUUUACCUUUAAGGACUCGUUCAACUACAGUACUUUUGAUAUUCCAGGAGAAAAUCCACAAGCAGAAAUAUUUACAAACAUGGAAGCAACAUUUGGAUCUUUUCCGGAAAAUGCUUACCAAAGAACUGAUGGGGAUCCAUUCUUUUCUGUCGUGAGCUUAAAAGCUAACCAUCUGUAUAAAGUAGUGUUCCCCGAACCAAUCAACAUUAGUAGAAUCGUUGUAUCUACAGGACACCCAAUUCUGAGAACCGGGAUUUUGAAAUGGGGUGUUGUAAAAGUAGGAGUGGGUAUUCAAUAUCCAGAAGAGCAAUGUUUGGUCCCUCAUUUGGUGGGGAGGUUGUCUGAAGGCGAAUUCGAUUCAGAAAUACAGGGCUACACGAUUCCUUCAAAUGUGAAAUGCAUUGCUGUUGUAUCAACACGAGACAAACCGACUCUAACAAUUAUCAGAAAGAUUCAAGUGAUUCUAAAAACUUUAUUUUAAUAAAAAAAAUUA